AACUGGUGACUCAGGCCCCGCCACACCCGCAAUCCCUGGACUUGGCUGAGCCGGCAACACCCGGAGCGGCGUGCGAACUUGCGCAGGCAACGGAGUGCUGGCUCUUAGAAUCCGCCGCCACUUCUCUUGCCAAAUGAGCUGCACCAGAAUGAUCCAUGUUUUAGAUCCACGGCCUUUGACAAGCUCUGUCAUGCCAGUGGAUGUGGCUAUGAGGCUGUGCUUGGCUCACUCACCACCUCUAAAGAGCUUCCUGGGACCGUACAACGACUUCCAAAGAAGACAUUUUGUGAACAAACUCAAACCUCUGAAACCAUGCCUCAAUAUAAAACAGGAAGCCGACUCACAGAGUGAUUGGAAACAUUCGCACAACCAGGCCAAAAAACGAGUGGUGUUUGCUGAUUCCAAGGGCCUCUCCCUCACUGCCAUCCACGUCUUCUCUGACUUCCCAGAAGAACCAGUGUGGGAUCUCCAGUUUGAUCUUUUGGACCUCAGUGAUAUCUCCUCUGGUUUAAAACUCCAUGAGGAGAAAAACUUGAUUUUAGAUUUCCCCCAACCCUCAGCUGACUACUUAAAUUUCCGGAACCAUUUUCAGAAGAACUUUGUCUGUCUGGAGAACUGCUCUUUACAAGAGCGAACAGUGACGGGGACUGUGAAAGUGAAAAAUGUGAGCUUUGAGAAGAAGGUUCAGAUCCGCAUCACUUUUGAUAGUUGGAAAAGCUACACUGAUGUGGACUGUGUUUACAUGAAGAAUGUAUAUGGUGGCUCAGAUAGUGACACCUUCUCUUUUGCCAUUGACUUGCCCUCUGUCAUUCCAACAAAGGAGAAAAUUGAGUUCUGUAUUUCUUACCAUGCCAAUGGGCAGAUCUUCUGGGACAACAAUGAGGGUCAGAAUUAUAGAAUUGUCCAUGUGCAAUGGAAACCUGAUGGAGUUCAGACCCAGGCAUCCCAGGACUGUGCGUUCCACCAGACACCCCCCAAGAGCGAGUCAGAGUCCACAGUCUUUGGCAGUCCAAGGAUGGCCAGUGGGCUCUUCCCCGAGUGGCAGAGUUGGGGGAGGAUGGAGAACUUAGCCUCUUACCGAUGAACUGAGCCACUUGGAGACUGGUGUUGACCCGUCAUAUUCUCCAUGUAGUUCUAGGCCAAUAUUACUCAAUAGUAGGAAGUCAUUGCUACUUUCCUGUAGUGGGUUUAGGUUUGAGUUUCUGAGACCUGGCUACAAAGAAGAUAGACCUUUGUUUCGUGAUGGCUCUGCAUGGGUGACAUUACCCAAUUGUGCUUGGGAGGAUCAAGCAACAGUUCAGAACCCUAUUUUUUUCUUUUUUAAAAAAUGAAAGUUAAUGCUUUUUUUUUUUUCAGUGCCCUUUUUCCUUCCGUUUUUACUUACUAGCUUUUGCAUGAGGCAAGGAAAGACAGAGGAAAAGCAAGCGGAAGGUAACAGAAAGCUGUGUUAAAGGUCUGAGGCAUGUUCGAAAAGUGUUUACAAGGGCUCUGCAGUCAAAUCAGAGUAGGAACGGGAGAUCCAGUGCUCAGCUGUUGGUGAGAAAAUGUGAGGCUGCUUUGUAGUUUUUCUCCUGGAGAAAUCAUUUAUAGGACAGAGAAGAAGCUCCAUUAUAUGUAUCAAGUGGAGAAAAUCUCAGAAAACCUUAGGGUUGUUGUGUGGUACUAGGGGAAGGUGAAUUAUAAAUCAAAAGAAUCAAGAUUUAAGAGAAACCUUUCUCAGAUAUAAUUUGCCAGAAAAACAUGAUCUGAAGAAAAGUUUAAGCCAACCUGGCUUUGCAGUCCUAAUGUCACAUGUGACUGUUUCUGAUCAAGGCAUUGUGCUUGGGUUCUCAGUGCUGCCUGACAAAAGACAAACAAACACCCCUAUGCCAUUAUCAACAAAUAAUAAUCUUUAGAGACUUUGUGUCAUGCCAAGGAUGGCUUUUUGCAAGUGCCUUGAUUAAACCAGUGGCUUAACCCAAAUGUCUGAAUGGUCAUCUGAUAAUACCUGAUAAUCCGUAAGUGUUUGGCCUCAUUAAGUAGGCCCACACUGUAUACUGGCACUCCUCCUGCAGUACUGUUGCAUCUUCGAGAGAGUUGUCAGUGUGCACAAUUCAGAUCCUUCAUAUUGAAGGUGACUUAUUUUCCUACCACACUGUUUCAAUGUGAUGUUGAAAGUGAGGACAGACACUGAUUCUCAAUUCAAGAAUCCAGCUGCAUAUACAAGUAGCAGUGUGUUUUUGCUUCUAUUUGUCUUGCUGUUUCAGGUGUUCCUACCCAAUUUUCUCUAGAAUGGCAAUACUUAAAAAUGGAUGUUUGGGAUGUGUUGUAAUAUACUUGUACUAGAGUGUGCAUCAAUUUGUAAGAUUUUAAAGAUGAGAGGCUCAGAAUGUUUGCUUCUGUCGGUGUGCAUGUCUAAUGAGAGGUCCACUGAGAACCUAAUUAGUUUUAGUAGGGGAGAGCUGCCAUACUGGAAUAAUUCUGCUGUGACAGUAUUUGGAGUUUGGUUAGUACUCACAAUUUUUCUGCUCUUAAGUAUUUCACUCUCCUGUGGCUGACUAUCCUUUAUGAACUUUUCACUUUAAAGAAUAAAUGUGUUUGAUAUGA